AUGAAACGACCACCUCCCCUCCUUCGCCGCCGCCGGCAUCUCUCGUCGUCCUCUUCCGGCGCGGCCGCCGCAGCCGAGAUUGUGGGCGCACUCACUGGUGCCCCCUCCCGUGAAACUUGGCGGAACCUCGAUUGCCUACUCCGCCGCCUUGGCGACCGCGGCCUCGCAUCCGCCCUCUCGUCCCUUCCCUCCCCUCUCCCGGCGGCGUCCGCCCUCCGCCUCCUUCACCACCUAAUCUCCAAUUCCCCCGCCUCCGCCUCCGCCUCUGCCUCCACCUCCUCCACGCACGAGCACGACCUCCUGUCCCCGCGCGUCUCGGCGCUCCUGCUCCCCUCCCUCGUCGCCGAUCGCUCCACAUUCCCCUCUGCUCGCCGCCUAAUCAAACGCCUCAUACACCUCCACUCACUCCACACCGCUGCAGCGGCUGUCUCGGACGCCUCCUCCACCCCCUCUUCGGACUUGCUCAUCAAUACCUGCCUCACCUCCCCCGCACCUGGCUCCCUCAGGCGCGCUGCCGACGCCUUCCACAUGCUUUCAUCGCGGGGCGCCUCGCCCUCCAUCAGGACCUGCAAUACACUCCUUGAAGCUCUUGCAUGCGCUGGCCAGGUUGACGCUGCCUGCAAGGUGUUCGAUGAAAUGCGUAAUUGUCAGAACGUCACUCUGGAUGGUUACUCGUAUACCUCUAUGGUCAAGGCCCUCUGCAGGGAGGGGAAAGUGGAUGAAGGUUUCAAGAUUCUUGCGGAGCUAGUGCAUGCUGGGCUACAUCAAUGUGCUGGUGCAGUGCCGUACAAUGUGCUGAUGGAUGCACUUUGCAAGAGUGGGAGAGUGGACGAGGCCUUCCGGCUGAUGGAGAGGAUGGAAGAGAGCAAGGUGACUCCGAGCGUCAUCACGUUUGGCAUUCUGAUCAAUGGCCUUGCAAGGAGUGAGCGUUUUGGGGAGGUUGGUGCGUUGUUGCAGAAGAUGGAAGCGUCAGGGAUCAUCCCAAAUGAGAUUAUUUACAAUCAGCUUAUUGGUUGGCAUUGUAGGAAGGGGCAUUUCUCAGAAGCAAUCAGGCUGUCCGAUGAAAUGGUCUCCAAGAAGUUAAAGUCAACAGCCGUCACUUACAACUUGAUUGCUAGAGCUCUAUGCAAGGAAGGUGAUAUGGAGCGUGCUGAGCAGAUAUUGGAGCAAAUGUUGUCGACUAGGAUGGAAAUUCAUUUUGGUUUGUUUAAUUCGGUGGUUGCGGGGCUUCUCCAAAGGACUGGAAAAUUGGAUUCUGUAGUAAGGCUUAUAAGCGAAAUGAUUACAAGAGGUGUGAGACCAAAUGAUGCUCUGCUGACAGCUUGUAUGGGGCAGCUUUGCAGGGGUGGGAGACACCAAGAAGCAGUUAGAAUAUGGUUGAAGAUGUUAGAGAAAGGUUUAUGUGUCAACAUUGCUACUUCCAAUGCAUUGAUUCAUGGGCUUUGUGAGAGGAAAGACAUGAAAGCGGCUGCUGAGGUUCUAAGGACCAUGGUUAAUAAGGGAGUUAAAUUGGAUAGAAUCACAUAUAACAUAAUGAUUCUAGGUUGCUGCAAAGACGAUAAAAUAGAGGAAGCAGUUAAACUCCGUGAUGACAUGAUCAGAAGACGGCUUAUGCCUGAUAUUUUCACGUUUAAUACUAUAUUACAUGGUUAUUGCAAUUUGGGUAAAAUGGAAGAGGCCAUUCAGCUGUUGGAUCAGAUGAAAGUUGAGGGCCUUCAGCCGGAUGUAGUGUCAUAUGGCACUAUAAUAGAUGGUUAUUGUAAAGCAAAGGAUAUUCAGAAAGCGAAUGAAUAUUUGGCUGACUUGAUGUCCUGUGGAUUGAAACCAAAUGUAGUCAUCUAUAAUGCACUUAUUGGUGGUUAUGGUAUAAAUGGUAACAUUUCUGGUGCAGUUGAUGUCCUUCACACUAUGAAGUCUAAUGGCAUACAACCAACUCAUGUAACAUACUGCAGUCUUAUGCACUGGAUGUGCCAUGCCGGUCUUGUUGAUGAGGCGAAGACCGUGUUUGAACAAUGCAGGGAAAACAGCAUUGAGUUGGGAGUAAUUGGCUACACAAUUAUGAUCCAUGGUUUCUGCAAAAUAGGAAAAAUGGAUGAAGCCGUGACUUACUUUGAGAAAAUGCAGUCCAGGGGUAUACCUCCAAAUAAGCUUACUUACACCACUCUGAUGUAUGCCUACUGUAAAUCUGGUUACAAUGAAGAAGCCUCUAAGCUUUUUGACGAGAUGGUAUACUCAGGAAUUGUUCCUGAUAAUGUUUCGUACAAUACACUAGUUGCAGAGUUUUCGCAAUCGGCUUCAUUAGAUAAGGCUGUAGAACUGCCUGCAAUAUCAAGUGUUUUGACACAAAGUAUGUACAAUGUAUUAGUUAAUAGUAUAACCACACCUCGGUGCCAGAAAGAAGCUGCUUCUAGUGAAUGAUGUGUGAUGAAGGAACCAUAAGGAAGACUGCUUUUCUGCCCGGACCCAUCCAAACAUGAAUAGGAAGAAGAGACUGCAUAGACUUUCUCAUCUAGCAGCAAUACACUGAAGUCAUUUCAUGAUCAUCUUCUGUUAUCUUGGGGAGCUAUCCAGCAGCUCGCUCUUAAAGUUCAGUUUUGUAAAGUAUACUUGAUAUCAACCUGCUACCUUGUGGGGAUGUCCAACAGAAGCACCAGAUUGCCCUAAAGGUUCAUAAUUGGCUGACUUUGGUGGAGAGUGACAAUACCUUGAGUUCCCAUUACGCAGAUGAUCAGUGCAUAGACGAUAACUGAACACAAACACCAGCUGCAAGUUACAUAAGUUACUCCGAGCGCAACGCGCGGCAGGUGACCUGUUCAAGGCAAGACCGCCAGUGCAACCUAGCAUGUGUAGCAGACGUUCGUUUUGCACCAUGACCCAUGCCAGGCAAAGUCCACCUGUUGAAUCUCAGUAAAGACAAAGAGGACAAGAAACUUGUGGUUAUAAUUGUGGUGAUUUUCAUUCUUUUCUUAUUCUUGCAUGGUAAGUUUGAAUUUUGAUCUACUGCUGAGAAAGUAUGGCUGUAAUAAUUAUCUUUUAAAUUUGAACAGAUUCUCUCUAAUAUAUUCUGAUGUUUCCUUUUUUUCUUCU